AUGCAGGAACAGAAUUGGAAAACAUUGGUCGUGGCCGGAGAUUCCAUGACAAGGCAAACCUUUGCCGGGUUCCAAUGUGAACUCUUGAGGAGGGGCUAUGAGAUGAAGACAAAGGUAGAAGGGGACUUGGCGGAUCCCCGUAAAGGGCUUCGAUAUGGGAUUCGCCAGAGAAAAACGCUCACCCUCACCAAAAUACCAGGAUCAUCAAAAUCAUCCAAAAUGGUUGAUAUCAAGAUUAUCUUUUACAUCAUGUAUUGGCCAACCGCAGGAAGCAUUGAUCAGUUCAUUCUUGGUCCUGGAACGGAUGUGUACAUCUUUGAUCACUCCCUUUGGUACAGACAUUGGGAAAUGCCAAAGUUUCUGGAAGGCAUGACAGCCCUGCUGAAGCAACUCACAACUGCCAGCAUGCCACCCAAAAUGAUCAUGUGGAGGGAGCAGUCCGCCCAGCAUUUCAAUCGUCCGGGAGGCUCCUAUUCCCCGAAAGGACCUGAGAUGGUCCCUGGGGUAGACGGUUGUGUCCCAAUUCACGACUACACAGCAAAGUACCAACAUGUUCAAGUUAUGAAAAAUGCAACAGAGCGAGCGGGCAUGAACUUUGUGGACCCACACCAGCAGCAACUUGAGCAGCCACCAGCAACAGGACCAUCAUCGUUGUCGUUGUCCAACUCCAAAAAUCUCUACUUUAUUCCUUUUCGAGAUUUUUCAUCACAGUUUCAUGACAUUCAUCGAGACGGAGAGUGUACUCAUUAUUGUUCGACACCCGAUCUUUGGUUGCCCAUUUCUAGAGGAAUACGGAUCCAUAUGGAUAACUACAAUCACUUGCAGGGGCAGAAUGCUGCCAGUGAUGUUCGAAGCUAG